CUCCCCCUCUGACUUUACAAGCAUGCCUACUGCAGUUUACAAAGACUUGCACAAUAGGCUUUCGUUAUCGUUCUUCAUGCUGUAAACAUUGCACUCUGUCUAAUUGAUUGAACCACACCCGAAGAAAACACGCUAUAAAUUAAACAUGAAGCUCUGUUUCAAUUACAAGUUCGCCCUCCAUUUCAGCAAUUUUUUAUUUCUGCUUUGUGGUAUUCUACUCAUUUUAUCCGGCUGCUACCUGUUUACCGACAACAAGCGCAUAUUACUGUCCAGACUAAUAGCCGCUCCCAGCGAUCGUCUGAACGCAUUACCACAACCAUUGCUCUACUACAUAGCUCUGGGACUGGCCAUUGCAGGAUUUGUAGCGGUGCUGGCAUCCGUCGUGGGCUUUUGGGCCAGUUGCCUGCAUACCUAUUGCUUUCUCAGUAUCUACUUUUUGAGCGUCGUGGUCUUACUCCUGACCGAGUCCGUAAUAUGCCUGGCCAUUACUCUCUGGCCGCACUGCUUGGGCAUUAGCCUAGAUGAGAGUCAAAUGGUAAAAUCUUUGCAGACCUAUUACGGUGUACCGGGACAGGAGCAGUUCACCAAUGCCAUGGACUUGGCACAGACUCGCUUUGGCUGCUGCGGAAUGAAAAGUUCGUUGGACUACGACACAUCGUUGUGGCGUCUCCAAAGCUAUGGGCAAACCAAUUGGCCUGUUCCAUUAAGUUGCUGUGUACUGGAAAAUGCACCACAGCCAUUGGCGUAUCUGGAUCCGAAGCCAGCAAAUGAGUCUCAGUGUCAGUCCCUGGAGCAUUUAUCCUAUGAGAGGGAGCGCUAUACGGAAUCAUGUCUGCUCCAUCUAGACAUCUGGUAUCGGGAGCAGUAUAGUGUUUUCCUUGGCGCCAGUCUGCUAAUGGCAAUUGUUGAGUUCUGUGUCCUGCUCGCCAUUAUAAUGAGCUGCACGGGCCUUGCCUCCCAAAGGGCCAGGCUUGAAAAUAUUCAAAACUUGACAGUUCAAAAGCGCAGACGGCAUACAGCGCUGUCACAUCGUGGUCUUGUGGAGAACAUAUAUGACCCGGAGGUGGAACUCAGAGUAAACUCUGGUCACAGUACGAACGGCAUAUGCCUGGGAGGACCUAGCAGACACGUAAGCAGCGAGGAUUUCACGGAGUUGUAUCUAAAGCCCAGCGAUCUGCACACGCACCGCAACAAUGCAUCUUUUGAACCAAAUUCUGCCAACUUCCAUGCGCAGACAAGAAAUUAUUUGGUUUAACCUAUGAAACUCUAAGCUGAGAGAAGAUUGUGAAACUCAACGCAAUGCGAAGCUACGACGACAUUUGGAGCUACCUUAUAUACAUACAUAUGUGCAUACAGGAAAUUAACACAAUGUAUACUACUAAUUUUAUUUUGUUUGCAAGCUUGAAUCGUUUUUGUUUCAGACC